AUGGUCUCGUCCUCUAUCAGUCGCUCCUGUGGUUCGGCUGCGACGGAUGACCAAACAUCGGCGGCAACGGUUCUCAGCGCCUAUUGUAAUCCCGACAGCACAUAUACCUUCCCCCCUCUUCCUCCUAUCUCGGAGUAUAUCACAGACAGACCAGAGUUUAAUUAUCUCGCGCCAUGUGCGGGAACCGCUCUGAAGCAGGCAGUAGCAUAUUUUAGCCGGGAGCAUUGCGGAGCCGAGCCCGCGGAACUUGCGAGCUGUGUGUGCAAGAAGAACGACCUCUCCCAUAGUAUCACGCAGAAGGUCGCCUCGACAGCAAAGGUUUCCUGCAAUAAGCAUAUGGAUGAUGUCACUUCUGCGCAGCAGAUGUUCGCUGCAUACUGCGCUAUGGUUGAUGGCACCACCAGUUUUCCCGAGCCGCCGCUUCCCCCAGGUGAUGUGACUUAUUGGAUCACCGACUUGCCCCAGUACAGCUCCCUGGCUCCCUGUGCGCAAUACGGUCUGCGCUGGGGGGCACUUCAUCAAACAUACGAGUAUUGUCCGUCGGGGCCUCAGUUCCUCGCAUCAUGCCUUUGUUUCAAGAGUGGCAUGCCUUCAGAAGUUUUGAGUACUAUUACCGCGUCGGUCAAGUACAGCUGCUCCUCGACCGCGCUAGAGGACGUCGCAUCUGCCGUAGAGGUGUACGAUUACUUCUGCAGCGCCGUCGAAGCAAAGGUGACACCUGAUGUCAAAGUGUCUGUCGCCCAAGAUAAUCUGCCAACGUCUGGCAGCCGUAACUCGGGGCCCAAGCAGACUGGCGGUUCUGGUUCUAGUGGUUCCAACGACGAGGACAAGAGUGAAGAUGGCGGACAGUCUAACAACAGUGGCGACAACUCAUCUUCCAGCAAGGUCGGUAUCGGCACGAUUGUUGGCGCUUUCGCCGGUGUGCUCGUCGCCAUUGCCGUUGGCAUCUUCGCUUUUUGGUUCAUCCGCAAGAAGCGCAAGGGCGCCGGAGCAAAGCAGCCACUCCUCGACAAUAACCAGUCCUUCGACCCUGUGGGUGGGAAGUACGAGCUGCCGGCCGAUUCCGUCCCCAUCACGGCUCUCAAGCCACCCCCGAGCCCGACGCCCAGUCCCCUCAGCCCCAACGUUUCGUCGCGCAUGGACAACAACGGGUCUCCUGUUUCUUCUCACCAUCUCGGCGCGGGCAUAACCCCCCCUCCUCCCCACUCUCCGUAUGGAGUCGCUGAGCUGCAGGGCGAGACACCGGUGCCCUCGUCCUCACCACACCCCAGUGUUGCAGAGUUAUAUGGGCAGGGUAGCCCUCAUCCUAACAGGCCUGAGUUAGAUGGGGGGUACUACGCUCCGCAGAUGUCGCCGGUACCUGCUUCGCUACAUCCAGGGUAUCAACCUGGUGCACCGCAGCAGGGUUGGCAGUCUGGUCCAAUGCCGAUGUACUACGAGAUGAACGCUGGGAGGGAUGGGGUCCGUCCGAGUUGA